AUGAUCAAGGCGAUCCUCAUCUUCAAUAACCACAGGAAGCCGCGGAAGUUCUACCAGUCCUACAGUGAAGAUACACAACAGCAAAUCAUCAGGGAGACUUUCUAUUUGGCAGCUAAGAGAGAUGAAAAUGUUUAUAAUUUCCUAGAAGGAGGAUUAUUAAUUGGAGGAUCUGACAACAAACUGAUUUAUAGGCGGUAUGCAACGUUAUAUUUUGUCUUCUGUGUGGAUUCUUCAGAAAGUGAACUUGGCAUUUUAGAUCUAAUUCAAGUAUUCGUGGAGACAUUAGACAAAUGUUUUGAAAAUGUCUGUGAACUGGAUUUGAUUUUCCAUGUCGACAAGGUUCACAAUAUUCUUGCAGAAAUGGUGAUGGGGGGAAUGGUACUGGAGACCAAUAUGAAUGAGACUGUUACACAAAUUGAUGCAGAAAAUAAACUGGAGAAAUCUGAGGCUGGCUUAGCAGGAGCUCCAGGCCGUGCUGUUUCAGCUGUAAAGAAUAUGAAUCUUCCUGAGAUCCCAAGAAAUAUUAACAUUGGUGACAUCAGUAUAAAAGUGCCAAACCUGCCCUCUUUUAAAUAAAAAAUUCAAAAGGCCACUCCCAGGUAAAAUUCAGGGGGAAAAGUCAUCUAAGUUUACCAUGCAGUUGUUUACCAAAAAUAGAGAAGGAGAGUCUUAACUUUUGCUCUUGGAUUUAAGUCAAGGUACUGUAUAGAAAUUAUGUAAAAUCAGUAUGGA